AUGCUUUUGCCCAUAUUUAAGACCCCUAAGCCUCGGCUGAAAUUUGCCCCGGACGCUCAAAUCUCUAUCAUGCACGACUAUCCUAAUGAGCACAGCUUUCUCGAUAGUCCAACAGACUGCCUGAGAAAUACAGCUUCAGCUUUUGACCAGCAUGACCGAUCUCUAAGGACGCAUUCUCGGGCUAAGUUACUCAGCUUCCCCACCAGUUAUACAUCCGAAACUUAUUUUAAUUGCCUAGUCUCCAAGCAGGCUCCUGGUGUAGCCCCUAAUUUCUGGCGAGCUAGGGAAACACGAGGCCUGCGCCCAUAUAUAGAAACCCAUGAGGUUCCAUGCGCUGAUACGCUGGGGACAAAAGGCAUUCCAACCACGUGCUUAGAUUCGUACAAGGCGGAGGAAGAACAAAAUAGACAAGAUGAGCAUGCGUACCAGCGUUGUAUCCAGCAGAUACCACCUGAAGCUAAAUCCAACGCAAUUCGGGUCUUUACGCCUUGCAUAUAUGAAGAAGUUUAUUCCAGCACAGUAAUUAACCAAAUCGCCGAUCCAGAGCCACUGGAUCCGGGCUCCUUGAAACCAUCCUACGGGGCUAGCAGCCUUUCCCAAAGCCCUUAUCAGAGGAGUAAGGCUAAAUGCAUUACUGGAGAAGUGACAGGGGACGAAGGGCGUGGAGACGAUGUUUUUAAGAAGGCAGAUAGGGUCGGAUUGGUUGAUUCAAAUACUGUCCGCCAGGUUUUUACUGCUUUGCGCAGCGGCAUCUCUAAGGGCAAACCUUUUCCUACGGUGAGUUUAGCUGCCUUCUUCGGUUUGCAGCAGCAAUUAUUGCAGCCUAAGCAGCAGGGAUAUUCAAGAGAAUGCUCUUUGCCAAUGCUCUUGCGCAGCCGGAAGUCAAACAAUGACCGAUAUCACAAUAUUUACACCGAGCAACAUAGGCUGCUGGACACUGAGCACAAGAUUUUUACCACACCAGCUAGUAGUAGAACUACCACUCUAACUUCAUUGUCCUGUCCAUCCUUCUCAUCAGCUCUCAGCAGUCCAAUUCAUCUUGAGGCAAAAGCUGUCAAAGACCGGGCCAAUGAUAUAUCUAAAAUCGAAACCUUUACAGUCGCCUCUGCACCAGGUAUCCGCUUGGUACCUAACUGCCAAAGUAGUCCCAGACUGGAGGGUGCCGACUUGAGAUGUGAAGCAGCUGUUUGCAUGGAUGGCAUAAUAGAAUUAGGCCUAAAGCAGACAAGAGGAGCCGCUUGCCUCACUGGUCAGAUAGAGGCUGGACUGAACUGCGGAAACAGACAGCAGGGUAAGACACUAGUUGGGAAAUAA